AGGAUGGGGCGGUCCCCGGGGCUGGCCCGCGGCGGGGGCAGGCAGUGUUGCCGCGCAGCCCCGACGGCGGGACAGAUUCUUCCUCUUCUACACCAGCAAACUGCUCUUGCAGUGGUGAUUUGAGGAUCUACUUCUCUUUCGUGUCUUUCCUGCUCAGCCACUCCUGCGGCGUGGUGUAUUGUAGUUUCUCACCUGAAGAAAUCAGCACCAGUUAAGAAAUGGCCAAAGUCGAAAGGUUUGCUUUUCAUGUGCCAAGUCUGGAGGAGCUUGCUGGUGUUUUGCAGAAAGGGCUUAAGGAAAACUUUGCUGAUACUCAAGUCUCUGUUGUAGACUGUCCUGAUCUAACUCAGGAACCCUUCAACUUUCCUGCUAAAGGGAUUUGUGGAAAGCCUAGAAUUGCAGAUGUGGGAGGUGUUCCAUACCUCAUACCUGUUGUACAGAAAGAAAAAGUUUAUGAUCUAAAUGCAGUUGCAAAAGACAUAGAACUGCCUGGAGCUUUCAUUCUUGGAGCUGGGGCAGCUUCAUCUAGGAUUCUUGGAGUAAAUGCUGAGCUUAUCCCUAUUGUUCAAACUAAGAGUGAAAAAAAGCCUGCUGUAAAUGGGAGCUAUGUUGCUCAGAUAAAUCCUGCAGAUAAAGGGUGCCUGCUUGAGAAGUACAGCAGUAAAUAUUCUGACUGUGAGUUUGGGCUGCUGGCCAACCUUUAUGCCAGUGAGGGCCAACCUGGAAAGGUCAUUGAAGUGAAAGCCAACGGAAGAACUGGGGAACUUAACUUUGUGUCUUGCCUGAGGCAAAUUUUAGAGAAACACUAUGGAGAAAAGCCAGUUGGGAUGGGUGGUACAUUUGUCAUUAAGAAGGGGAAAGCAAAGAUUCACGUUAUGCCUCCAGAAUUUUCUGCCUGCCCACUGAACACCGAUGAGGAUGUGAAUAACUGGCUCAAAUUCUUUGAAAUGAAGGCUCCACUGAUUUGUCAACCAGUAAUUGUUUCCAGAGAUCCAGGCUUUGAUCUGCGUGUGGAGCACACCCAUUGCUUCAGCCACCACGGGGAAGGAGGUCACUACCAUCAGGACGCUAGCCCUGACAGCGUGCAGUACCUGGGGUACUUCCUGCCUGCUGAGUUGCUGUUCCGCAUCGACAGGCCCCUGGAGACACACCUUGUCGGGAGAGACUGAAAGAGGGAAGCUCUGGUGAAGAUGUAGCAAUUUAAUCUUUCUGAAAUGAAAAUGCUGGUUUGUGUUGUUUUUUUUUAAUAAUGCUUUUUAAUUAUCAGAGUCAUGAACAAAUAUGAGAGCAGUAAACUGCCAGCUUCCUAAUUUUGAUAGAGCAAGAAAUUCAGAAUGUAUGUGUAAUAAAUAUUAUGAUGUCUGAGUUAAAAUGGUGAUUUCACUGCAACAGAAUCAUAGGAUUGUUUCAGCACGAAAAGACUUCUAAGAUCAUCGAAUCCUACUGUCAACCUAACACCACUUUGGCCAUUAAACCAUAUCCUAAAGUGC